AUGGCGUUUUUUAGAAACCUUCAGCAAAAUCUGAGCCUUCCCUCGAUGUCUUCCCUGGUGGACACGCUCAGCAGUGCUGUGGAUGACCUGGCCAGUGUUGUUGGUGAGGUUGGCUACUCUGUAGCUGACUCAGUGACAGAGCAAGUAACCAGCAUGAUCAAUGGCCUGCGGGCAGAGGAUGAGAGCUCCAAAACGCAGAGUGAGAAACCUGUGGAAGGCAGAGAGGAACACACAUCCUCAUUAACUCAUUCUCAGGAAAUUAAUAUGAAAACUAAGAGAGGUGCUGCAGAACAUAAAGAGACUCAUAAUUCUAAUUCGUUAGAUUUUGUAAAAAGUGGUACAAGUCAAGUUGGAGUAUCUGACCAUGCUUUGAACAAAAACCAGUGCCAGUUAAGAGGCACAGAUCAUAAUAAUCCUCUCAGUGAUACAGAAGAACAUCAGGAUUCAAAGACUUUAGGAGGACCUUUUAAAAGGGAAGUAGUAGGGGGAAAUGAGUGUUUUGCAAAUGAUAAGUUCUUGAAGGAUAGUAACCUGAAAAGUAAAAAACUUACAGUGGAGCAAUCUAUAGAGGAGCAAGAUAAUUGUUUAUAUGCAGUGUCAGAUAAUUCUAAGAAUCGUGAGCAUAAAAAAAUCAAACCACAUUCACCUCAAGCUGAUUUUAAAGAUUCUGAUAAAGUGCACAGUAUGAAUGUUCCUCAAGAUGUAGAAACAAAGCUUGUUGAAGUACAGAAGGAGAAAUUAACAGAUUCCAGCUUGAAGAAGAUGCACAAUGACCAUCCCAGUUGCCUUAAUGAAAUCAAAGAAAAGAAAUCUGAAGCCUUCUUUGACAGAAAAAGAAAACCCAUCUCAAAGGAUGAAGGCAAUAUGUCAACUACAAAUGAGGGCAAAAGGAAAAACUCAAAGAAAUUAGAAAGAGAGCUAUGUAAUAAGAAGACAACAGGAAAAGACAAUUCUUAUAUGAGUAAAGACCAGCAUGGUUCAUCAUCUGAGAGUGAAGAUGAAGCACUGGGUAAAUAUCAUGAGGCCCUGUCUAGAACCCAGAGUUCCAGGCUGCCAGUGGUGGAUGGCAGACAGCAAAAAAACUAUAUAUGGGAAACCAGACAAAAAUAUAGUCCCCUGUCUGCAGAAUAUGAUGGAUACAGUAGUGAAGCCUCAAUAGAUGAAGCAAACUGCAUUCAGAGGAUGAGAAGAACACCUCCGCUGGAUGAACUGCAGCCACCUCCAUACCAGGAUGACAGUGGCUCCCCUCAUCUUUCCUGUACACCUUCUGAAGUUGGAGACAGCAAAUGUGAAUAUUCCCAGUGCAGCAACAGCCCAAGGUGUUCAUAUAAGUGCCCAAGUGAGGGAAGCACGGGACAUGAAAUAGAAAGCUUUCAUAACAAAGGGUAUGAAGAGGAUGUUCCCAGUGACAGCACAGCGGUUCUUAGUCCAGAGGAUAUGUCAGCUCGAGGAUCAUCUUCACAGCUUCCUAAACCUUUUGAUCCUGAGCCAGUAGCUAAAUAUGGCACACUGGAUGUGACUUUUGACUAUGACUCACAGGAACAGAAGCUUUUGGUGACAGUGACAGCUGUCACAGACAUUCCAACAUACAGCAGGACAGGUGGAAGCUCAUGGCAAGUACACCUAGUUCUUCUCCCUAUAAAGAAGCAGAGAGCAAAAACCAGCAUCCAGCGGGGACCGUGCCCUGUCUUCACAGAGACAUUCAAAUUUAAUCACGUCGAGUCAGAGAUGAUUGGGAAUUAUGCGGUUCGCUUUCGACUGUACAGUGUACGGCGCAUGAAAAAGGAGAGGGUUGUGGGAGAAAAGAUUUUUUACUUGACAAAAUUGAAUCUUCAAGGGAAGAUGUCAGUGCCAGUGAUACUGGAACCUUCUUACAGUCUGCCUGGUUGUGACUCUCAAAUGAGCAUGUCAGAAGUGUCCUGCAGUGAAAGUACCUCCUCUUGUCAGUCUCUGGUACAUGGCUCAGCUCCAGAAAUCCUCAUUGGCCUCCUCUAUAAUGCUACAACUGGAAGAUUAUCAGCAGAAGUGAUAAAAGGCAGCCACUUCAAAAACUUGGCAGCGAACAGACCACCCAAUACAUAUGUUAAGUUAACACUGCUGAACUCGAUGGGGCAGGAGAUGUCCAAGUGCAAGACUUCCAUCCGCCGAGGGCAGCCGAACCCGGUGUACAAGGAGACGUUCGUUUUCCAGGUGGCGCUGUUCCAGCUCUCGGACGUGACGCUCAUUCUCUCCGUCUACAACAAGCGCAGCAUGAAGCGCAAAGAGAUGAUAGGCUGGAUUUCCUUAGGUCUCAACAGCUCAGGAGAAGAUGAACUAAACCACUGGACUGAAAUGAAGGAGGCUAAAGGACAGCAAGUCUGUAGAUGGCAUACUCUACUGGAGUCCUAAUGGAUGGUAGAAGGUGCAGCCGUGGUUCUAAGGGAGCUUGUUCUCCCGGGAAGACGUUCAUCCCUGGUCGCAAUCAGCAGAUUCAUUGGGGGAGUAAAAAAUGGAAAUUGCAGUCAACAUUCCAUCGGAAAGGAUGCACAACGUGCAAAAUGGUGGCAUUUAAUACAGAAUCUUCACUUGGUGUCAUGAACUUCCUUGGUGUCAGAGGAUCCUUGCUGUACACAGAUACGAUAGCGGUCCCUUCCCCAUCCACCUGAUGCUGUAUUUGUUUGGGUUUGUUUUGUGGUCUUCAAUUCAGAAACAUUUUGUGCGAGGUUCUCCAAAUUAAUGUAAGCUCCUCCUUGUGUACCUUUUGUAUUGCUUUAAUACUGUAGCUUCUGACCUGCCUGCAUUCAGAUUAAAGGUCAAUAGUUUGCACUUUCAGAAAAAGUUAAUGGUCUGUAAAGCAAAAGCAAAAAAAAGAAAAACCACUGGUGAAAGAACACUUAAUAAUACAGCAAAUAGAAAUAUACUGUUGUUUUGCACUGAGUUUCUUUCCAGGAGCUUGGUAAAGUAAGUUUUCAUUUUUUGAUAUGCAGUUGGUUUGAAAAAUACUGGCAUUUGGGCGUCAGGUGAACUUUGACAUCAAACUAAUGUUUCUUCAGUCUGUGACAGGAACAAGCUCUAUAUAUGGCAAAAAUUGGGUUUUUCCCUCUUGCCUGUACUUCUGCCUAAUCCAAAGAGACCAGACCAUUCGUUUGGUCCCUUCCAAAACUCCUUAGACAGGUUGUACUGUAAAACUAUGUAACUUUCUGUUGAAAGCACUUCCUCUACUCAUGUAUUCCAAUGUAGGAAGCUCAUAGAGCGCGACUUUACUAAAAUAUAUUUUCAUUAAACAAAUUGAUACAGGUUUCUUUAAAAUGUCAGCAGUUGGAAGUUAGCUUGAAGGACUGUGAAGGAAGUAACAGCAGUUGAACUACUCUGGAUGAAUGCAAAAUACUGUGGAUUUGCUUGAGACAGGUAUCCAUUCGGGUCUCUUGUGAGCUGUUUUAGGCAUUACCAUAUGCUGUUUGUUGGAAGUAGAGAGCAGACCAGGGGUUUUUACCUUUCUUCUUGAAGAAGAGAACAUCAGUAAGUUAUUUUUCUAGGGAUUUUCCAGCAAUGGAAAGAAUGUUCACACACAAACUAGGAGUUUGCUUUGCUUGUAUUCAGGUUGGGAAACACAGCUUGCUAAUGAUGCAGUUGAGAAGCUGCAGUAUCACCAGAUAAACACUCCUGGCAUCCACCAAAACUGGGGAAAUAUCAGUGCUUCUGAGGUUCCUAUUUGUCCCAAAGCCUUUAGCUGGACUCACACCAAUUUAUUGACUGCUGAAUCCAAUUUAAAUUACUAAAAUUAUAAGUUACUGAGUAGAUGUAUUUUAAAAAAGCUUCCCAAUUUAAAUAUUCUUUCUGCUUGUAAUUACAAGUUUUGUUUAAUUGUUCCUGUAAAGAAAACAAGCAAUUUCUUUUUUAUUAUAAAUGAUGAUAAUGUCUUACUAAUAUGAGACCUCACUGACUGUUGUAGCACUUGGUGGGUAGAAAAGUGUUGGAUUUUGUUGAGACAAUUAGUGUUAGUCUCAAGUGUUCUCAUUAGGACCGAUGUGUUCCUCUUGGAUUCCUUCAUAAUACCUUUGAACAGUCCUGGCUUUGGGGUAUACAGACAGUCAAGUACAGUGGGACUGGGGAUGGUGAGUAUGCUGUAAGAAAGAUAUUUCACAUGGUUCUCAAAUUCUCACACUAUUUAACAAUUUCAUUAAGUCCUUUUUAAAGGAUUUUGUAAUUCCAUGUCUUGAUUUAUUUGGUGUCAAUAGACUGAUUUAUUUGCAGAGCCAGGCUUUCAGUUUUUAUUGAUUUAAAGACUUAAACAUUAUUACAGACCUUUGUGUUUUGGGUUUUUUCCUCCUGAUAUUGCACUGCUGCUUCAUUUACAGAAGCUUUAUUUACUAAAUACAAAUAAUGCAACAACUUUCUUUAAACAGGAAUGGUCUUGCAGUUAUACAAUGCAGGUUGUCUCUCUCAGUCACUUUUGUUAGUCCAGUUUGAGAAAUGUAAUGUUGAUUGUAUAAUUUAAUACAAAAUCAGCAUUAAUUUAAUAUGCAUAAGAAAAAUGCUCAGAUUUUCACAAUCUUUUCAGCUUUCCAUAUAAUAGAAGCAAUGACGUAGAAGCUGUUGUGAAGCAGUUUUUCAUUGGAUGUGGAGGGAGUUUUAUCUAUUCUGUUUGUGGAUAUUUAGAUGCUCUUUCCUAAAACUGAAAAUUGUCUCUUGAUGGAUUGUCUCUUUGUACAGCUUUUGUUAUUUAAAAUAAUGUACAAUAUUGAACAGCAAGAACUGGGUCAGGUAAUUCCAGUGGAGAACAUACUUAACAUCAUCACUGAACAAAUGAAGAAGUCAGUUUGGAAGGUGCAGCAAAUAACCUCUUACAGAACCAAACUAAAUGAAACUGUGUCAUGAUGUGGGUUUCUGUUUGUAGGUUGCAUUGCUUCAGCUUUGUGUUUCACCAUUUAGAUUUCCAAGGCACUGAAAUCUUAAUUUAGACACAACAGAGAUUUCUGGUACUCUGUGUUGGGCUCAUUUGGGAAGAGGAAUCUCUCUCUAGGACUUUCCUAAAGCAUUCAGGACCAGUUUGUGCUUCAGAGAAGGAUGGUUUACUUGGAUUUAUAAGAGGCUAGAAACUGAAUGUUUAAAGAAUGGAAAUGAAUGUUUAAUUUUGACACAGUAGAACAUUGAUUUGCUGUGCA